GCUCGCUGGCGACAGAUCACGACUUGUAUAAAUACGAUCUCGGAUGAUAGCGGGUCAUUUCGUACCAAGAACUUGACACGUCCGAAGCGAGCAAGACUUGGAAGACAUCAUGAAGCUUGUAAUACCCGUUCUGUUAUUGAUCAUACCUUGCUCUCAAGGGUUCAGCCUGAGAUCCUGGUCUGAGGCGAAAAUCCCUCAUCUUAGCGCUCUCGAGAAACACACCGAAGAGUUUAUAGGGGAAGUCAGAAAACACGCCGUUGAGAAAGUACAAAAGGCUCAAAAGAUAAUUAGCGAGGAGCCUGGACUCGAGGAGGAGCGUGAGCGCCUACAAGUCGCAAAAAAGGGCCUUCUGUUCGAGUUUCGUGACCAUGCCCUCUACAUGCUGGAAAAGGCACGAUCUGGAAUCGUGGAGGCAGAGGAGGGCAUGGAACGAGUGAAUCCCGAAAAGCUUGAAACGAUGGUGAAAGACGUGCGAAAACGAACCAAGGAAAUUGUCAAGUCGCUCAAGCAUUUUCUGAAGGAAACCAAAGGUGAAGUCGACAUUCCCCUUCCCCCAGCACCGGAAGUCUCAGAACCAGAACCGGAAGUUGUGCCAGAAGAGGUUGAAGUUGAUGUGAAACAAACAAAGUCAACCCCUGUAGAAAGUGAACCAACCGAGACUCCUGAAGUUGUGCCUUCAGAAAAACUGGAAGGUAUUCAGGCUGAGGUACCGGAAGUUAUGCCUUCAGAAAAGCAGGAAAUUAUUCAUAUUGAGGUACCGGAAGUUAUGGCUUUCGAAAAGCCGGAAAUCAUUCAUACUGAGGUACCGGAAGUUAUGCCCGCAGCCGAACAAGCCGUGCCCAGAGAGAUCUUUCCCACUGAAGAAACAGAAGUGAUUCCCACUGAAGAGACAGAGGAAUAUACCGAAGAACCGGAAGUUGUUCCAACUGAGGAGCCAAGUGAUGAGGAGGAAAGCGAGGAGGCGGGACGUGAAAAGGAGGAGGAGGAGGAAGAUCAGAGGGAAGGACGUGAUCAUAAUGAUGAUGAGGAAAGCGUAGUGAAGGAGGAGCCUGAAAACAGCCAGGAGGAGGAAAUUGAUGAUGAGGAGGCAGCGGAAAGCAAGACGGAAGAAACAUCUCCUCCCUCCAAAAAAGUACACAACAUGAAUGAGGAGAUACUAGAUGAUGAUGAUGAUGACGAUGAUGAUGAAGACGAGGAGGAAAUGGGGAGGGAAAAGCCAAAAAUGUCAGUGGAGCCAAAAAAGGAGUCUGUCAAACCAGUUAAGCUGACGAAAAGUGCGAAACUGGAAAAUAACCACGUGCCUGCUUGGCUGGAAAGAGGUCGCAAAAAAAUCAGGAAACUGUGGAAACGAAUCAACAACAAGAAGGGUGAAAAAUACUGGCAGAAACUGCGACGGCUGGAGCAAAAGCUCGCUAAAAAGGCAGAGAUGGCUAAAUGGAACACCACUCCUGAAGACGCUCAGUAAAUGUUUUAUACAAAAGCUACUUUGUUAUAUUCUUUUUUUUACAUGUAAUUGUAUUUGUUUAUAUUCAUGAUUAUAUCACUUAUUUAUAAUUUGUUGUUUUUCCAUCUAUUUUAGCUAUUUCUUGCUGAUUUGCUUUUUACAAAGAACAAUAAACUUUUAUAACAACAAUA